AAUAAACUUAUAGAAAAAAAAAAGAAACAAUCAAGUUUAAAAUUUAAAUUCUUGUGUUAAAUUUAUAUUAGUACAAUUCGGACUGUUAUUCAGGUUGGAUGAUUUGUUGGAAGUGCGGAUAAAAAAUAAAGAACAAAAAUUAAAAAUAAAAUAAAAAUUUAUUCCUGUUAUUGUUUUAAACCUACCAUAAUAUUAUUUAAAAUAUUUUUAUAAUAAAAUUAUAAAUUAAAAAUUUUAAUAAAAAAAAACCGAAAAUAAAUUAAAAAAAAAAAAUUAAAUGAUAUCAAUUGAUAACGUAAGAUACAGCAUCAGUAAAAGAAUGAAAGAUCAAAAGCUUGAUGUUAAUGCCAAUUUUGGACCGGUAACAUUAUUUAGAAGCAAUAGUAGCAGUAGUAGCGGUAACAAUAACAAUAAUACUAGUAUAAAUAAUAAAAUUGAUUUAAAUAGAACAAAUAAAAGAGAUUCAAUUAAAAGUGAUGAAGCAUGUGCAAUACGUUUACGUUUUCCAAAUAAAAUUCCAGUUAUAGUUGAACGUUAUUCAAGAGAAUACGAUUUACCAUAUUUAAAUAAAAAAAAAUUUUUAGUACCACAAGAAAUAACAUUAUCACAAUUUUUAACAAUUUUACGUAAUCGACUUAAAGUUGGUUCAACAAAAGCAUUAUUUUUAUUAGUUAAUGAUAGAUCAUUAGUACCGCUUAGUAAAACUUUAUCUGAAAUAUAUCAUGAAUAUAGACAAGAUGAUGGUUUCUUAUAUGUUACUUACAGUUCACAAGAAGUUUUUGGUUAAAUUAUGUAUUUGAUGUAACACAGGAAAACUCUGAAUUGAAGUUGGAAUGGAAAAUAUCUUCUUUACAUUACCUUAAUUUUAUUAAUCACUUUAAUAAAGUUUUUUUUUUACAAAAUAUUCACAAUAUUAAUAAGUAAUUAUCUUAUAUAGUUUAUAAAAGAACUGAUAACGAUAGAUAUUUUAAAUAAUUUAAUUAUAUAAUUUAAGUGUUUCAUCAUUGCUAAUGAAAUUUAUUAAUGUUUGAUUGCAUGUUCUGUAUAUAAGUACAAUAAUGUUUUUUUGGACUUUGAAUUAUAUAAAAAUAUUGAAAAAUGUUCGUAUGUAGAUAAAUUUUGUGUAAAAUUUGAUUAAUCUUUAGUUUACAAUUAAAAAAAUUUAAAAUUUCUGUAAUCUUGU